CGGAGGACAACAGAUGAUCCCCGAAGAGCAGCACGGAACAACAGGAUCGACAACACGGACAAGGAACCAGAAUAAGGAUAAUCGUAGGCUGUAAUCCCUGGACUUUGUCAAAAGGGGGAGAAAUACUGGAGAAGAUAAGUGAUCUUGCCUCUGCUGGAUUUUUAUUUUAUGCUUGUGAGUAAAAACAGAAACAGACACCCCCCCUUUCUGCUUUGUGGCGUGGAUCCUCAUUUAGACCCUGCAAACUGUUUAAUUUGUGUGCCAUUGCACUAUGGAAGCUGCAAGUUCCAGAGACUCUAGUCCAGUAGACGCUGUAGGAUUGUUUAUGUUGAUAUUAGGAGAUUAAAAAGUUUGUGUCAGGGUUUAAAAAGAUGGUUGAACCAUUGGGGUUUGUGGAGGCAUGGAGAGCCCAGUUCCCUCAAUCUGACCCCCCUAUUAUGGAGUUGAGCUCAUUGGGGGAUAUUGAGCAGGAGCUGGACAAAUGCAAGUCCUCCAUCAAGCACUUGGAGAAGGAGGUAAACAAGGAGCGCUUUCGGAUGAUCUACCUGCAGACCCUUCUGGCUAAAGAGAGGAAAUCUUAUGAUGGACAGAGAUGGGGGUUUAAAAAGACAGCCCAGGCAAACGAUGGAGACCUGUCCAGUUCCCCGGGCAGCCGGGGGUCCCACACAGAGGAGGCGGCGGCUGAGGAUCAGCAAAAGGCAGGGCCUGGCAAGAUGACAAGAAGUAAACCCCGUCCAGAGGAAAAGGCGGACAGUUCCUUCCUGGUGAAACAAAAGGAAGGGGUUCCACCUGCGCGCCACGAGUCUGAGCCUCCUGAUUUCCCAGUGGGUACAGGCUCGGUAGCAGCUCUGAGGUCAAACUUUGAACGCAUCAGGAGAGCGAACUCUCACGCUGGUGAUAUCAAGGGGUUAUCGGUGAUGGGCGGCCAGGAGAAACCCUUUUACGUAAACAUGGAGUACCACCACGACCGAGGACUGGUCAGGGUCAACGACAAGGAGGUUUCGGACAAGAUCAGCACUCUGGGCUGUCAGGCCAUGCAGAUGGAGCGAAAGAGAUCCUUGCAUUCCCUCCCAGGGAACCUGUCGGCGGCCGCGGGGGACAUCGGCAGGCCUGUUCACAGAGGCAGGUCGUCCGAAGGGAACUGCAGCUACAAUGGGUCGUACGAAGACGCUGAGCCCAACGCACACUUCAGGUCCACUGGGGGGAAGUCUGAGAGGCCGCCGGCUGAGUGUCAGCCUUACACCAGUGUGUAUGUUGGAGGAAUGAUGGCCGACGGGGACACUCGAAUCAUUCACAUAAGGGACCACAGCGUAGAGGAGGACGCCCACCUGACCUGGCCGAGGCGCUCCUACUCCCCAGGGAGCUUCGACGAUGUCGGGGGAGGCUACACACCGGACUGCAGCUCCAACGAGAACCUGACGUCCAGCGAGGAGGACUUCUCCUCCGGCCAGUCCAGCCACGUGUCUCCCAGCCCCACCACCUAUCAGAUGUUCCGGCAGAAAAGCCGCUCACCUUCGCAGCAGUCCUUUGACAGCGGGAGCCCCCCCACCCCUCUCCCGCAGAAAAGCCUCAAGCACCAGGGCGUGGGCCCCGAGACCUCCAUCUUCGGGGCUCGUAAAAUGGGCCAGAUGUGGCCCAGCGAUGGGGACUCCACCACAUCCAGCAGGACUUCUCAUAACAGUGUUCCAGGAGAUCUUGAAACUCCCUACAACGAAAACCCUCCAUCAUAUGGCUUUGACCUGGAGCAUGCGGAGGAGCACCGGCCUCAGCACGACCCGCUAUCUCUCGCCGGAUCCCCUUCCUCCUCGCCACGGCUCCGCUCCAAAAACCGGAACAGCCGAGACACUCAGUCCUCCGGUUCUCUGGAGUCCACACAGUCGGUGGAGCUGGACCAGGAGAAGGGGCUGGAGAUGAGGAAGUGGGUUCUGUCAGGAAUCCUGGCCAGUGAGGAGACCUACCUCAACCACCUAGAGGCCCUACUGAUACCCAUGAAGCCUCUAAGGGCCGCAGCAACAACUUCCCAACCAAUGUUGACCUUCCAGCAAAUAGAGACCAUCUUCUUCAAAGUGCCAGAACUUCAUGAGAUCCACAAGGACUUUUAUGACGCACUGCUGCCCCGAGUUCAGGACUGGAGCCACCAGCAGUGUGUGGGCGACCUCUUCCAGAAGCUGGCCAGCCAGCUUGGAGUGUACCGGGCCUUUGUGGAUAACUAUAAGGUUGCUGUGGAGACGGCUGACAAGUGCUGCCAGGCAAACCUUCAGUUUGCAGAGAUAUCUGAGAAUCUCAAAGUCAAAAGUACAAAGGACUGCAAAGACCAGGCGGCUAAAAAUUCACUUGAAACUCUUCUCUACAAGCCUGUGGACAGAGUGACGCGCAGCACUCUCGUUCUGCAUGACUUACUGAAGCACACACCCUGCAGCCACCCGGACUACCCACUGCUGCAGGAUGCCCUCCGAAUCUCCCAGAACUUCCUGUCCAGCAUUAAUGAAGAGAUCACCCCACGCAGACAGUCCAUGACAGUUAAGAAGGGAGAGAACCGACAAUUGCUGAGGGAUCGCUUCAUGGUGGAGCUAGUGGAGGGCUCCAGGAAACUCCGUCACGUCUUCCUCUUCACCGACUUGCUACUCUGCACCAAGCUCAAAAAACAGGCUGCGGGAAAAGGGCAGCAGUACGACUGUAAGUGGUACGUCCCGCUGGCUGACGUCACCUUCCAGACCAUUGAGGACUGUGAGUCAAGCCCCAUCCCUCUGGUCCAGGAUGAAGAAAUUGAUGCAAUGAAGAUAAAAAUCUCCCAGAUCAAAAAUGAGAUCCAGAGAGAAAAGAGGACGACCAAAGGACCUAAGGCAAUUGAGCGGCUGAAGAAGAAGCUGUCAGAGCAAGAAUCCCUGCUGCUUCUCAUGUCCCCCAACAUGGCGUUCAGAGUGGCAAACCGAAACGGCAAAGGUUUCAUGUUUCUCAUCUCCUCCGAUUAUGAGCGAGCAGAAUGGAGGGAGAUCAUUCGUGAGCAGCAGAAGAAGUGCUUUAAGAGCUUCUCUCUGACCUCUCUGGAGCUGCAGAUGCUCACUAACUCAUGUGUGAAGCUCCAAACUGUUCAUACUAUUCCAAUGACCAUGAAUAAGGAAGAUGAUGAAUCUUCUGGUUUGUACGGCUUCCUGAACGUCAUCGUUCACUCCGCAUCGGGCCUCAAGCAGAGUUUAAACCUGUACUGCUCCCUGGAGGUGGAUUCCUUUGGCUACUUUGUCAACAAAGCCAAGACGCGCGUUUACAGGGACUCCACAGAGCCCAACUGGAAUGAGGAGUUUGAGAUUGAGCUGGAGGGCUCUCAGACUCUGAGGCUGCUGUGCUAUGACAAGUGCUACAACAAAACCAGGCAGAACAAAGAGGAGGGAGAGAUCACCGACAAGAUCAUGGCCAAAGGACAGAUAAAGCUGGAUGCACAGACGCUGCAAAACAAAGACUGGCAGAGGACAGUCAUAACCAUGAAUGGGAUUGAGGUGAAGCUUUCCAUGAAGUUCACCAGCAGAGAGUUCAGUCUGAAGCGAAUGCCUUCACGGAAGCAGUCCGGCGUCUUCGGAGUGAAAAUCAACGUGGUUACUAAGCGUGAACGCUCCAAAGUCCCACUCAUCGUUCGCCAAUGUAUAGAGGAGAUUGAGCGACGAGGGAUGGACGAAGUGGGGAUUUACAGAGUGUCUGGCGUUGCAACGGACAUCCAGGCACUGAAGGCGGCCUUUGACUCAAACAAUAAAGACGUGUCUGGCAUGAUGAGGGAAAUGGAUGUAAAUGCAAUUGCUGGAACACUGAAACUGUAUUUCCGUGAGCUGCCAGAGCCCCUCUUCACCGAUGAGUUGUAUCCCAGCUUUUCUGGAGGCAUUGCUCUGUCCGACAGUGUGGCCAAGGAGAGCUGCAUGCUCAACCUGCUGCUGUCUCUCCCAGAGCCUAAUCUGGUGACCUUUCUCUUCCUGCUUGACCACUUAAAAAGGGUGACAGAAAAUGAGAUCAUCAACAAAAUGUCUUUGCACAACCUGGCCACUGUUUUUGGUCCCACUUUACUCCGACCUUCUGAAAAGGAUAGUAAAAUCUCAACAAGCUCCCAGCCAAUCUCCAUGAAUGACAGUUGGUCUCUUGAGGUCAUGGCUCAGGUUCAAGUCCUUCUCUACUUCCUGCAGCUGGAGAGCAUUCCAGCACCUGACAGCAAACGUCAAAGCCUUCUCUUCUCUACGGAAGUAUAACAGAAACAUGAAGGGCUUGUCCAGAAAUGUCCCGCGCUAAGAAAGAAUGUUGACUGCCUAAUCCGGUGGAUGCUGCUGAGCAGCCGAGGCUGGUUGCUUUACUUUGACUAUACUUUCAUUAGCCACCAGGGGGAAGCAUCAAACUUAGGAAAUCUGGAAACCAGUCCCCUGUGAUAAAAGCCAUUUCUUUGGGAGAUGAGAUAAACACAUGUUCUGUUUACUUAAGCCUGCUGUGUCAUUAAAGACAACCCUUUAAGAUGUAUGGACAAAAUAUACCAUUCCUUUUUUAAUUUAAUUUAAAUGUCAAGAAGCAAUAUUUACUGUACUUAAACGUUUCAAUGCUCUUCUCUGUUGCUUGUGCGCAUUGGCUCCAGUUGGACAGGAGGGGACGUCUGCUGUUUCUGGAUGUGUUAUUGGAAAUGGAUGAAUGGAAGUGUGUUUCUUUUGUCUAUACAUUUUUAUUUUUUGUCCCCAGACAUGUUUGACUUGGUUUAAAUUUCACCCGUGCCAAUGUUCCCUUGCUGAUGACCAAUAGAGCAUUUCAGUUAUACAAAAAUUUGCACUCUUGAGUUUUGUACAGAAUUUAAAGGUAUGAGACUGAAGCUGUAGCUGAACACAAAACAACAUGCUGGCAUGUUGGCUUCACGAUGUCAGGAGUUUUGCUUUUCCGUGCUACACCGUUUCUUUCUAGAGAUCCUGGGUUCUUCUGUGGUGUUCACAUGAACUUUGGAGUGAAUAUGAGUGUUUUUUGAAGUGGUACAGGGAGGUGAAAGGAAAAUCAUUUCUGAUUUUUUUUUUUUUUUUUCUGUUUUUGUUUUUUCUUUUCUUUUUUAAGACCCAAACUCUAAACCUUCCUGCGAUGGAAUGUAAACUGUGCUGUGUGUAUUUUCAAUGUCAAAGCCAUCUUCUUGUCCAUCUUUCGUACGUUUCCUUUUUUUUUGUGUGAUUCUGUCUGAAAACUGUAUUUAGCUGGAAUAAGUUACUGUCUGCGUUCCCUCUGUCGUCUUCUGCCUCUAACUGACAGGAAUACACAAGUGUAAAUGACAGCACAGAGGUGACAUCUUAACCACCAAAUAUUUACCUGUAGGGCUUUCCAAGUGCAGCAGUUCACUUAUAUCUUAAUAUAGUGUUUCAGUAAGACAUUUAGUAUCACCUAGUCUUUCUUUUAAAAUGCUGUGUACAUAUUGUGUACUUGCAUUCAUUUGCUUUAAAUCAUCAUAAAUAGUCAAACACAGACUGUAACCCUAAAAGGUUUUGUCAUAUGUAAAAUAUGCAGUAGCUCUUGGUAAUACUCUGAACGGACAAUGUGUCAUGUGUGUAUAAUUUAUGUAAAUAAAAACUUGGCAACUUUA